AUGCAACAACACCAGCUGCAGCAGCUACAUCAUGAUGGUCCCGAAACUCCCAAUAUUGCACAUACACAACAAUACCUUCGAUCAAUCAUUCUUCACUCCCUAGACACUUUUAAUUAUAAGAAUGCCGAGUUUGCAGGAGAGCGUCUCCUAGCACUCGACACGUCGAACCAGACUAACCUCGAGUCCGUUUACUUGUACUGUCUUUGCUUGCAUCGGCAAGAUCGGUUCAAAACUUGCUAUCGAAUCCUCGUUGACGUCAACAACACCAACACCAACAAGAUCAACCAUCUUGGCUGCACGUAUUUGUAUGCGCGAUGUUGUUUAAAGCUCAAGAAAUACAGCGACGGGAUCUCGCAGUUGCUCAAGAUGAAGCACAUGUACGAGAAGGAGACGCGACUCACCAUUGAGGAGAAAUUCGACUAUGAGAGCAAUUGCGGGUUUGGAGGCAAACGACGGUGCUUGAUGAGCCCCGAUGCAAGUGCAGUAUACCACUUGUUGGGCGACUUGUACUCUGCCGCUGAUGACGUCAAGAACAGCUGUUUGAACUAUACCCAGUGUUUGAAAUUGAACCAGUUUGAUUUCGAGGCGUUUCAAAAAGUCUGCAAGUUGGGAGUCAACAUGAAAGUACGCAGUCUAUACAAGAUGCAAAAGCAAAACUUUGCCGACGUGGCUCAGGGACUCGCGGGCCAGGACUUGCCCGACUUGACCAACCCCUUCAACGGGAGCACCAGCAACUCUGGUCUCCAAACUCACCAACUGGCCAUGAGCCCUCCCAUGAAAACACCCACCAUCCACGCUGACGAAUUCAACUUUUCCACGCCGCGAGUACGAACCACUGUUGUGCCUGAUGCACCCUUGAGGAAAUCGAAUAUGAAUGCGGGAGGAGGGUUGCAUCCAAACAAUGAUGUUGCCAACACCACGGGGAACAAUACUUUUGAGUUUGCUAAACCUUCGUUUCCCGAGAACAAAAGACGCGCUAGUCGAGCGUACCUGAGAAUCACCUCGCGGUUGAUUUCGCACCCGCCCAACAACUCCCACGCUGCACAACAAAGUGCUGAGACUCCCAACAAAAAGGGUUUAAAGAGGAACAACUCGUUGGAUGGAACGACUUUAUCGACCAGUGUCGUCAACGUUGGCGCAUCGAGUGCAUCGUCAAUCUUGUUUAUCAAGGAGAUUGAAAAAGUCGAGGCUUAUUUAUUGCAUAAAUAUCUGAUGUUUGCCAAGAGUUUCAAAUGUCUUUCGAUGUAUGACUGCUACAAGGCCAUCAAAAUCUUGGAAACCAGCAUUAGUGAGCAAGACCGCAACACGCCGUGGGUCUUGAGCAAAUUGGGCCGGUUGCACUAUGAAGUGAUGCAGUAUAAGCAAUCCGAGCAAUACUUUGAGCAGCUACGCAAGAUGGACCGCACGAGGCUUGAAGACAUGGAAGUCUAUUCGACUUUGCUUUGGCAUCUCCAAAAAAAAGUCGAGCUUACUUUUUUAGCGAAUGAGUUGCACGAUAUUGAUCCGCAGAGCCCCAUCACGUGGUGCACGAUUGGUAAUUUAUUUUCACGCAAUUACGAACCCGAUGAAGCCAUCCGUUGUUUCAACAAGGCCAUCAAACUAGAUGAGAACUUUACGUAUGCAUACACUUUGAAAGGACACGAGUAUUUCAGCAAUGACAAUUACGAAUCGGCAUUGGAGAAUUUCAGAAUCAGUCUUCUCCUCGACCCGCGCCAUUUCAACGCGUUAUAUGGAAUCGGGAUGAUAUUCAUGAACCUUGGCGAUUACCAAAAGGCAGACUACCAUUUCCGCAAAGCCAUUUCAAUCAAUCCCAUCAAUAUUAUCUUAAUCUGCUGCGUGGGGAUGAUUCUUGAAAAGUUGAACAAGAGAAAUUUAGCCCUCAAGCAGUAUGAGCUCGCGUCAAAGCUCCAGCCCGUGAAUCCUCUUCCGCUUUUCAAGAAAGCCCAGCUAUUAUUCACGAUGCAAGAGUACCCUGCAGCAAUAGCCACAUUUGAAAAGUUGAAAAAAUUGGCGCCCAAUGAAGCUAGUGUGCACUUCUUGUUGGGACAAUUGUACAAUUUGCAGCACGAUCAAUUUGCUGCGAUACGAGAGUUUACUAUUGCCUUGAACUUGGACCCGAAGGGAAACUACUUGGUUAAGGAGGCCAUGGAAUCGUUGAAUGAGUGA